AUGGCAGGUGCGGUGGUCGAUGGUUCUAUGGGUGUUUGGCUGUUGUUGAUUGUCAGAAAGAACGAGGGAGGAAGGAGUUGCAGCCAUCGACGUGGGUGGCGACAAUCAGCAUCUCCGAUGCGCUCUUCUUCCCUUUCCUUCGUCGCCAGUAGUCAUAUCGUAAGGAGGGCAGCCACCGGGGCAGAAAAACCCAGUGGAGACCAGGUAGCAGCGAUCGGCGGUAGCAUCACCGCUUCCUUCCUCUUCUCUGGCUGCAGUAGACCGGAAACAACCCACAACAGCAACAGUCGACGGUGGCUAACAGGAAUCGAUGUAGGGAAAAAUGUUUGGGUUUGGUUGUUGACAGAAAUCGUUAGGUUGUUUGGGUUGGGUGAUUCAAAGAAAUUGAAGAAGGGAGAAACAAUUGUUUUGUUGUUUCAUUUGACAGAGAAGUGCAAGCAGAUACAAAAGGAUCGAUCAAUUUUUCUCUGUGAAAGGAAAACGUGGGGAGGAAAGGAGAAAGGUGAAGUGUAAUUUGAGUGUUCAGGAAGAGGUGAAAAGCACUUGCACUUGCACACGAGUGAUCAAUUUUGUUGUACAAUAAUUGUAUAAUCAAAUUUGUAAAAUAAGUGUAAGAUCAGUAUUGU